GUCAGCUGUUAUUCGUGCAGAAGCAGUGAGCGCUCACAGAAAGCUCAGUCUCUCCUGCACCAUGGCAGAAAACAAGCGGACGCUCGUCUAUUUGAUCACCGGAGGCUGUGGUUUCCUCGGCAAGCAUCUGCUCGAUGUUUUGCUAGAGAAAGAGGAGAAGCUGGCGGAGGUGCGGGUGUUUGACAAGCACACAUAUCCCGGGUUUCACGAACAGAGGAAGACAGAUGAGGUGAAAGUGACUUUAAUCCAAGGAGACAUCACAGAUUACAGCAGUGUGUUGGAGGCCACCCGAGGGGUCGACGUUGUAAUCCACUCUGCCAGCCUGGUGGAUGUCUGGCACAAAAUCCCAGCGUUCCUCAUCUACUCCGUCAACGUUACAGGAACGGAGAACGUGAUCCGAGCGUGCGUGGAAUGUGGCGUCGAGCGCCUCGUCUACACCAGCAGCAUGGAAGUGAUUGGACCCAACGUGAACGGCGAUCAUUUCAAGAGAGGAAAUGAAGACACAAAAUACGAAGUGAAGCACACCAUGGCAUAUCCCAAGAGUAAAGCAAAGGCGGAGAAAGUUGUCUUGAAAGCUAAUGGCAAAAAGCUAAAGAGUGGGAAGUGUUUGUACACCUGUUCGCUGAGACCCACGGGGAUCUACGGCGAAGGCCACCAGCUGAUGAGAGACUUCUACAACCUGGCUGUGGAAAGGGGAGGCCUGGUCAUCGGGGGCGUCCCAGAUCACAUCGAACACGGCCGAGUCUACGCAGGUAAUGUCGCCUGGAUGCAUGUACUCGCAGCUCGAGCCCUGAAGACGAAUCCUGAGAAAGUUGGCGGUGAAGCUUUCUUCUGCUACGACGAGUCGCCCUACAAAAGCUACGAGGACUUCAACAUGGAGUUGCUGUCCGAGUUCAACUUCCGUAAGGUCUGCAUGCCGGGCAUCGUCCUCUUUUUCCUGGCCAUCCUGAAUGACUUUCUGCGCUGGAUACUGAGCCCGUUCUACAACUACACGCCGCUGCUGAACCGAUACACGUUGGCGGUGGCCAGCACCACCUUCACGGUGCAAACGGACAAAGCGCAGAGGUAUUUCCAGUACCAGCCCCUUUACGACUGGAAUCAGUGUCUAGCGCGAACGCAGUCGUGGAUCAGAACGUUCCCAACAGACAAAUCAAAGGACAGCUAGCUUCACCUCAGCCACUACAAAGUCUUUUCACACGCUGCUAUGAAAAGGAGCGGGAUCCAGAUCCAGAAGGACUUGUGUUUCUUGAAACACCCUGACCUGCGAAAACCUGCAGGUACAUGCAGACGCUGAUGAAGAGUGAAAAUAAAAUGUUAAAUCACA